AUGUCCGACUCCGAAUCCAGCAGCGUCUCCAACUUCUCCAUGCCGCCGACACCUCUCUCCAACGACUAUCUCGUUCGCGACUUCGGAUACCAAAUCACAUCAGCACGGUAUCACGGCGACCACACACCCGAGAACAAUCCUGAUCACGACAUCGACUACGACACGCCAGAGCAUUAUGAGCGCGCGAUGGAGAACGCCAGAAGGAGCCACGCGAUCUACAUGGGCGAGGUGCCAGCGAACAAAGAAGUCAAGAGAGAGGGCUGGAUGAGGUUUAUUCCAAGGAAGGAGAUGCUGCCAAGGAAGGGGAAGUGGAUGCCGUGGUAG